CAAUGGCUGCAAACGCCCAGCCCAACGCUCCCAAAACCAAGAUCCCGGGCCACGUCACCAACGGUCAGCCUGCGUCUCAAGGGCAGUGGGGGCGUGCCUGGGAAGUGGACUGGUUUUCCUUAGCGAGCGUCAUCUUCCUGCUGCUGUUCGCCCCUUUCAUCGUAUACUUCUUUGUCAUGACGUGCCACCAGUACGGCUGCUCCCUCACAGCCCCCGCCCUGGACAUUGCCACCGGCCGUGCACACCUGUCGGACAUCUGGGCCAAGACUCCAGCGGUGACGAUGAAAGCGGCACAGCUGUAUGCCGCGUGGGUCGUAUUCCAGGUGAUUUUGUACUCACUGGUCCCCGACUUCUGCCACAAAUUCCUGCCCGGCUACGUUGGAGGAGUCCAGGAGGGGGCGGUGACGCCUGCAGGGCAUGUCAACAGGUAUGAAAUCAACGGCCUGCAGGCCUGGCUCAUCACCCACUUGCUCUGGUUCGCCAACGCCCACUUCCUGUCCUGGUUCUCCCCAACUAUCAUCUUCGACAAUUGGAUCCCGCUGAUGUGGUGUGCCAACAUUCUUGGCUACGCUGUCUCCACUUUCGUCAUGAUCAAGAGCUAUCUGUUCCCCACCAACGCCAAAGACUGCAAAUUCACAGGCAACUUCUUUUAUAACUACAUGAUGGGUGUUGAGUUUAAUCCUCGAAUUGGCAAGUGGUUUGACUUCAAGCUGUUCUUCAACGGGCGCCCCGGGAUUGUCGCCUGGACACUCAUCAACCUGUCCUUCGCCGCUAAGCAGCAGGAACUAUACGGCCGGGUUUCCAACUCUAUGAUCCUGGUCAAUGUCUUGCAGGCCAUCUACGUGGUGGACUUUUUCUGGAAUGAAACUUGGUACCUGAAGACCAUGGACAUCUGCCACGACCACUUUGGAUGGUACUUGGGUUGGGGGGACUGCGUCUGGCUGCCGUACCUGUACACGCUGCAGGGCCUGUACCUGGUCUAUCACCCAGUGCAGCUGUCCACCCCGUAUGCCAUGGGCGUCCUGCUCCUAGGCCUGCUGGGUUACUACAUCUUCCGGAUGGCCAACCACCAGAAGGACCUGUUCCGCCGUACAGACGGGCGCUGCCUGAUCUGGGGCCGGAAGCCCAAGGUCAUCGAGUGUUCCUACACGUCAGCCGACGGGCAGAAACACCACAGUAAGCUACUGGUGUCAGGCUUCUGGGGCGUGGCCCGCCACUUCAACUACACGGGAGAUCUCAUGGGCAGUCUGGCCUACUGCAUGGCCUGUGGCGGUGGCCACCUGCUGCCCUACUUCUACAUCAUCUACAUGACCAUCCUGCUGACCCACCGCUGCCUCCGAGACGAGCAUCGCUGUGCUAGCAAGUACGGCCGUGACUGGGCGCGGUACACUGCCGUCGUGCCCUACCGCCUGCUACCUGGAAUCUUCUGA